CGCAGACGAGCGCCGCCUCGUAAGCACCGGCCUUGCUAGCCGGAGAAAACAAACUGCGCGGAUAACAGUCAGCACGCGGCGCAGAGCCACACUGCACUCACUCUUGUUCUCACUGCACUUGGAAUAACAAAAUCCCGUCAAACAACGGUCGGUGCGAAGCGCACAGCAUGACUAAGACGCCUCCCAACAGGCGAGGGAUCACGUUCGAGGUGGGGGCACCAUUGGAGGCCCGGGACAGUCUGAAGAACUGGUAUGCUGCCAGCAUUGAGAAGAUUGACUACGAGGAGGAGAAGGUCCUGAUUCACUACAGACAGUGGAGUCAUCGCUAUGACGAGUGGUUCGACUGGAGCAGCCCUUACCUUCGGCCUGUGGAACGAAUCCAGCUACGGAGACAAGGCCUGCAGGAGCACAACAUGGUCCCGGGUUUUCAAAUCAACCAGAAAGUUUUAGCCAGCUGGUCAGAUUGUCGCUACUAUCCUGCUAAGAUCCUCUCCCGUGAUAAAGACGAUUCUUAUACAGUGAGGUUUUUUGAUGGUGUAGUUAAGACUGUGAAAGGGAUAAAGAUUAAACCUUUCAGAAAGGAGAACACGAACAACAAGCCGGGGCAGCCGAGCCGAAAGCGAGCAGCAGGAAAGAACAGCAAGGCCAAAGAGAACGGUAGGAACCAUCAGGAUGGUGAGACCGAAUCGGAGGAAGAAGACUCAAAGGUGACAGACGAGUGCAGCAAGCUUCAGGACACCACGCUGGCUGAAAAGGAGCCGUCCGAGAUGGCGAACGGACACGAAGAGCAAGAGGAAAAGCCGUCCGUCGUCGACGUGAAGACAGAAGCACUGGAGAACGGAGGAGGGGAAUCAAUGGAGAUGAAUGGAGGGGGAGAGGAGGAGAAAGUUGGAACACUUCAGAACGGUGCCCAUGAAAGCUGUGGAGAGGGACAAGAGAAAGACGAGAAAGAGAAAGAGGCCAGUCUUGGCCAGAACAGGAGAGCAAGAGGCAAAGUAGUGGAGGGAAAAGACGCAGAACGGGCCAGUGUUCCAGAGCUGAGGAAAAGACGUGCAUCCACGGGACAAACUCCUCCAUCCAAGAGGAGCAGAGCCAAUACCACAGACAGAAACAGUCGAUCCCAGAUCAGACCUGCUAGAUCAGAUUCUGUUCCAGAAAGCUUCGGUGAUAAGGAGGGUCUCUGCAAGACGGGUCUUCUGGAGAACCCCAAGCCUAUUGUACAGACAGCGUCUAGUCCUGAUCUUGCCACGCUGCUGCAACGACAAGUCCACCUCCCAACCACCAAUAAAUACAGCAGGGAACCAUUGUACAGGGUCAUCAAGAACCAGCCGCCGCCCAUUCUCUCCAUUGAACUGGACCAUAACCCGUUUAAGUGCCAGGUGCCAGGCUGCACCAAGUCCUUCCGCAAGGCAUCUCUGUUGCACUAUCACAUGAAGUACUACCACUCUGAGAGCGAGCUGUGCUCUUCACACAACACACACACCUCUGAACCUCAGGCCCAGGAUAGCCACACGCACACGUUGGAGACUCCGCGCAGACGCCGCACCGUUUCUGCAUCUCUAGACACUCCAUCCCCGCUGAGUGACAGUAAAUCCAGUCACACCCCGUCACCCCAUACUGCCAACGGUGUGCAUCGUCAGCGCAGCUCCUCCCACUGCGAGAGAAGCAAAGAGAACCAGCACACCAACCGCGCGCUCCAUGACGACAGAGACUGGGUCACCAUGGAAACAGAACAAGAGAAGAGGCGAGAAAAGAAGCCGAGGGACUUCUGCAUCAAGCCAAAGAAGAAGAAAAAGAAGAAAAAGAGGUCCAAGUCAGACACUCAUGGCAGUGAUAAGAGCAAUGGCUUUAGCUCAUACCCCUGCAAUCCCAAUCAAUCAAUCAAAUUGCCCCUCUCCCACAAACACCGCUCCUGCGCCGCACACUUCCCCGAAACAGAGCUUGAUGAUGGUGAAGACAGCGGCAGCGAUUGGUCCACAGACAGCCCUCUAUGGAGCGAGGAGGAGUCGGAGACGGGGCUCGAUCUUACCACGCCUUUCUCUGAGCAGGGGGUGGAGACGGUGGGUCAUGACUCAGAGAUAGUGCGCUGUGUGUGCGAGGUGCAGGAGGAGAACGACUUCAUGAUCCAGGUGGGCUUGCUUUGCCCAAAAACAGAGCGUUCUUCUAGAUUAGUGUCAACUUUUUACAUACAGCAGAAAGACUGAAACGGACAUUCAUGGCUUGUUGUCAUGAUUGAGGAGUAUAUUCAGUGGAAGGCAGGCAGAAUUGCGGUUUAUUCCUUCCUCCUCCCUCCUUCUCUUUUCAUAAAAGUCACGCCAGGCCCCUAUUUAUUUAUUUAUUUAUUUAUUUAUUUAUUUAUUUAUUUAUUUUUUAUGGCUCCGCCCCAGGUGGUGGAGGCAUUAUGGGUUUUCAUGAACGAGUGGUUGAAUGUUUGUAGGAUUUAACUCGUUCAAUUUUGGAUUUGAUCCAAACAUGACUAAUGUCACAGCAAUGUCAAAUGUCUCUGAAAUAGAUUUUCUUCAGUGGCUUCCUUCCUGUUUGUCAUGCAGAGGUGUUACUUAAAUGUAAUUCAUGUGCAGGCGCUCAAGGUCACAUUUUCUAGCCGUCUGAUAUUUUUGCCAUCAGUUUGUCAAUCCGUUGGUAUGAACAUUUUUGUUAGUGCAAUAUCUCAAAAAUUUAUAGGUGAUCGUAAGAUUUGUUAGGACUCAUGCUUGCCAUCACUAGAUGAAUUCUUUUUACAUUUCUGGCAUUGAUCCAAACAUGGGCAAGGUAUAUUUUACAAGUAUUUAAGGUAUACAGAUUAGUAGCAGUACUUGUUGGCAGUGAAGACUUUGAAGGCAUUGAGUUCUACUUGUUGUCACUCGAGCAGCCAGACCAGGAGGGCAAGUGGGAGAAAUCAACAUGGAGGACAGUGAUGGAAAUAUUAGGAGAUAUUAUAUCUGAUAUGUCUUAUCAGAUAUUUUAACAUGGACCAAGUAGUCUCCUCCUCGCAAUAGGUAUGCUAAAUAUUGACAGAUCAAUGUAAUGUUUGUUAAUAAAGCUAAAAAUAAGUACACCCCAUGGAAAUGAUCAGCUUUUUUGACAUAUUUGGACAAGCAAACAUUUGAUCAUCUCUGAAAAAGUGCUUAUUAAUGAAGGUGAUGUACUUGAACACAAAAAACACAAGGAAAAUGACAUUUUCAAUCAUUUAUUAAACAGAAAUAUUAAUAGAUGUGAUAUUCUUCUGUGGAAAAAGGAAGUACACCCUUGGCAUCAGAAGAUAGUAUUGCCCCCUUGAGCAGUGUUUUUUGCAUAAUUGUCCACCAGGUUUGCUGGAAUUUUUCACCACUCUUCCAUGCAAUAGUCUUUCAGUUGCAAGAUGUUUGAGUGUUUUCUUGCAUGUACUGUCCGUUUCAAAUCCCCCACAACAUUUCACUGGGAUUCAAAUCCGGGCUUUAACUAGGCCUGCUUCUCCUGAAAAUCUUUGGUUUGUGGCAAACAUGUCUGCUGUUACUGUGGCCAAACAACUCUAUCAUUGAUUCAUCUGUCCAGAGCACAUUAUUCCAAGAGGCCCGAUAUUUGCCUAUAUGCUCAUUGGCAAACUGUAGUCUUGCAAAAGCUUUUUCCUGGCUCGCCUCCCAUGCAGUUCAAAUUUGUGCACUCUCUUUCUGAUUGUAGAAGCAUGUACUGUGACACCAGCGGUUGCAAGGCUUACUAGCAGAUCCUGUGAUGAAAUAAAGCUAGGUUAUCAGUAAUAAAUCUAAAUAGAUCAUCUGUUAGUUAGCUAGUUAAAUAGUCUGUAUAAUCAGAAGGCAUAGAUGGGUAGUGAUGUAGUUACGGUUAUAGUAUGCAUGCUUUCUUCAGCCUCGUUUUUUUUCAUUGAUACAGAAAGCAGUUUUCUAUAGAAAAAAGAUGUCCACCCUAAUCAUAAAAAAGAAAAAACGAUUCCCAUGUUCGGAUGAAAAGUUUGUAAAUAAAUAAAAACUUGUAAAUUUAAAGAACUGUUAGCAUUUAAAGAGCACGGAAACUUUUCACCAUAUAAUACAUUUUUUUAAAGCCCUAUUCGGACUGGAUUAAUUUUACCUGGCGAGGGUGAUUCAUGUAAUUAUUACUGGUCUAUCUCUGGAUUUUUUUUUUCCUACCAUGAAAGGACUUGUGGAAAUAACUCCAGGUAAUAUACAUCACUUCUUAAUAUACGUGUUCAUAAAAAUAUUUCUUCAGUAUGGAGACUUCAGUAAGUCUCUUUUCUGUCAUCUCUGUCCCAACCCAAGUAUUGGCGGAGUUUAAACAAGAAAUUAUAAACAAUGUUUUAUAGGUACUCGUCAGAGACGCGAUCCCUCUGGGGCUUUAGGUUAGUUAUUGAGUUCCUAGCCCAAGUGUAGCCAACAUAUUAUGGGCACGUAACCUAUUAAUGAUUGUAAUGAGGCACAAAGGCAAUGAUGUAUACGUACUACAAAUACAUUUUGUGUAAUGUCUUUGCAUGCAUCAUGAAGACACUCCCAUUGAAUUGAUUUAUACAGAGUGUUCUUAGUAAUU